AUGAUAGUGGCGGCGCCGGCGGCGAAGGACAGAGUGAAAUUCAACGUGGGCGGAAGAAUCUUCGAGACAACAAGCACCACUCUAGCCAACGCAGGGCGGGACUCCUUCUUCGGCCCUCUCUUCGACGAAAACUGGGACUUGAAAGAUUCCAGUCAAUCCGUCGGCGGCGGCGAAUUCUUCAUCGACCGGAAUCCGGACUGCUUCGCCGUCGUCCUCGAUCUCCUCCGAACCGGAGACUUAAACAUCCCGCCCAACAUCCCAGAGCGCCUCCUCUACCGUGAAGCCUCCUUCUACGGCGUCCUCGACCAUGUCCGCUCCGCGAAAUGGGGCCCGUUCGACGGAAACCGUCUCCGUUACUCAAAAUCCAUCUCCGGCACCGCCCCUGGAGACGGCACAGCCAUCCGCGCCGCCCCAGACGGCGGCUGCGCCGUCGCUCACGGCAGCAUCGUUCACGUCUACGACUGGAUGUUGUCAGAGGAACACCCGCCUCUGACCCUCGACCACCAGCGGGUCAACGACGUCAUCUGGGUCGACCCGGAAAAUCUCGCCGUCUCCGCCUGCGAGCGGCUCGGCCGCGGCGACGGCGGAUUGGGUCUGUUCAACAAAACCUCCGGCCGGCUCCGAUUCAAAUUCCAGGUCACCCACGAUAAUCAAGUCAAGAGCUUUACCGCUGGAGCUCUGGCCACAGCACAAAAUCCCAACCACAGAAUCUUCAGCAGCUGUAAGGGGAGGAGCAACGAGUACGGAAUCGGAGUGUGGGAUCAAUUCACCGGAAAGCAAGUCGAUUUCUUCUACGAAUCCCCCGGAUGGUCCCUGGGAGACGCCGAUCGGCUCCAAUGGCUGGAGGAAAGGAACUGUCUUUUGGUGGCUACUCUGUUCCCCAGAAAGGACAAUUGCUACAUUAGUUUGCUUGAUUUCAGAACCAAGGACAUGGUGUGGUCGUGGUCGGACGUCGGAGCUCCGAUGACCGUCGACGAGAGGCGGGUCCGAGAUGGGAUAGCCAUGGAAGGCAACAAUGCCAUAUGCGUGGUGAACGAGUAUGAAGAUUUAGGGUUUAUGGAUCUGAGGAUGAACGGCGGCGCGAUCAGGUGGAGCUCGAGGAGUCGGCUGAUCAUGAAAGGCAGGAUGCCCGACGAUGAGCCCUGUUACCCGAAGCUCGCGCUUCACGAUGGGGGCCAAUUGUUUUCGUCGAUGAACGACUGCAUCUCGGUGUUCUGUGGUCCUGAUAUGGUCAUGACCUCGAGGCUUCGUCGAGGAUAUGGAGGAUCGAUCUGCGAUUUCUCGAUCGGCGGGGAUAGGUUGUUUGCUCUUCAUAGUGAGGAGAAUGUGUUUGAUGUUUGGGAGUGUCCUCCGCCGCCGGUGAUCUGA